CCAAUCAUGUCGUCUUCUCCUCCACCACUUCCUCCUUACCCCCGCAAUUGACCCUCGCCCUCGAAGAAUAAAGCCCAAGGCUUUGGUCUAGUUUCUUCUUUCCUUUCCUUCUCCUCCUCCUCCUCCUCCUCCCGAUCCCUUCCCCUUCCGAUGCUUCUUAUUUUUUCCCCCGUUAUCGGAAUGAGGAGGCGAUCCAGCCAUCUCCAGAUCUAGGGUUCCUUCUUGUCCUCUCUCGUCCUUUCUUCUGCUACCCUUUUAUUCUCUUUCUUUGUUCUCCGGUUCUGUUGGUGGGUAUCCGAUUCCAGCCAUGGGAGACGUAGGUGAACAGGUGGCGGCAGCGGUAGCUGCGAAGGAGGCCGAUAAGGAGAAGAAGCGGCGGCGGCGACAGAGCCGCCGCCAAAAGCAGAAUCUGGUUGUUCUACCAGGUGGAGGUUGCAGCUCGGUGGACACAUCGUGCGGGCGGCCGGGGAAUUGGACUGGCAUCAUGGGCGCUGGUCCGAUCAGCGCAUCCGAUAUCGCCUUCAAUUCCCUUCCCCCGAUGCACUUCAACGGUGACGGGAAUUUUGGAGGGUCGAACUCCACAUUUCCGCCUGCAGGAGUGAUCGGCGAGGAGAUCUCGAAGUCCUGCCCUUCGCCGGCUUCCUCAGUUCCUGCGAAGGAGGUUCCUGCUGCUGUGGCAGCUCCUCUACGCAACUCGAAGAAGUAUUUUGCUCCUCAUUGGUCGGAGCAGGCUGUUGAAGAGGCGAUCGAGAAAGGUCGUGCCUUUAAAGCAACAUUUCGUGUGAAUGCACAUAACCGGCUCGAGGCCUACUGUACCAUAGAUGGUCUCCUGGUGGAUGUUCUUAUUAAUGGAGUUGCUGCUCAAAAUAGAGCGGUAGAAGGUGAUAUUGUUGCUGUAAUGUUGGACCCUGUUGCAUACUGGACCAAGUUGAAAGGAUUAAAUGUCCGCAGCAGUCCUGGUGCAUCAUGUGGUUCAGAUACGCUGACCGAAGUCAGUGGAGUGAUUGACAAUAAUGAUGCCAAGAAUGAACAAGUUGAUGCCCACUGCAAUUCCAGUAAUAAUAUGCUCCCAGUUGACAAUGGAGAUCAAAAUCAUGAAAACAGUGGUUUUAGUGAAUCUGUUAGUAGUGAUCUUGGAAAUAGAUAUAUGACCUCUGAUAGAAGGUACAAUCGAUGCAACCACUCCAGGGCUUCAACAAAUUCAACCAAGAAUGGUGACUGUCAGCAGGGAGAAGCUGCAAGAGCUUUAGAGAGAAUAUGUGCUAUGAUAAGUUCUAAUCAAUCAAAACGUCCUACUGGAAGAGUCUUGUCUAUCAUCAGAAACUCUCCUCGUCGUGAAGCAGUAAUUGGUUUCCUUGCUUUGAAGCUAUGUAUUCCUGAAGGGGAAGAAAAUGGAAGACAAAGUAAUGGACAGUUGUCUAAGAAAAACAAGGAACCUGUAUUUUCCGCUGGCUUGGAUUACAUACAGCUGAUACCUACAGAUUCCAAAUUUCCAAAGAUGGUAGUUACUGUGAGAAACCUUCCAGGUUGUGCAAAGGAAAGACUUAUGAAUGGUGAUGUAUCAAUUGAAAGGGAAUUGGUAGCUGCACGAAUAGAUGAGUGGAAUGAAGAAAGCCUUUGCCCCAAAGUCAAGGUUAUCCAUAUUUUGGGGCGAGGUGGGGAAAUUGAACCACAAAUAAGUGCUAUAUUGUUUGAAAAUGCAAUUAGAGCUGCUGACUUUUCUCCCGAGUCUUUGGCUUGUCUUCCAAAUGUACCAUGGAUGAUCCCUAUGGAGGAGCAUAAAUCCAGAAAGGAUCUUAGAAAUACUUGCACAUUUACAAUCGAUCCUUCUUCUGCUAUCGACCUGGACGAUGCAUUAUCUAUUGAAAAAGUGUCUGAUAAAAUAUUUCGAAUUGGUGUUCACAUUGCUGAUGUCUCGUGCUUUGUUCUCCCAGACACAGCAUCAGAUACGGAAGCCCAAGUUCGAUCUACCAGCGUGUACAUUUUACAACAUAAAUUGCCAAUGUUGCCUCCAAAACUUUCUGAAGAAGUGUGCUCACUUUUACCAGGUCAGGAUAGGCUUGCCUUCUCGAUUAUUUGGGACAUUGAUGAUUCUGGAAAUAUCAUGAGCCGCUGGAUUGGCCGAUCUGUGAUUCAUUCAUGCUGCAAGCUAUCAUAUGAUAUCGUACAGGAUAUUAUAGAUGUAGGAUUUGAGGUUGAUGGACUUGGUCUUUCUGGAAAAUCAGUUCCUGAAUUGCAUGGGCAGUUUGAACUAAAGGAUGUUGUCAAUUCUCUUAGAAGCCUUCAUGAGAUUAUUAAUAAGCUGAGGGAGAUUAGAUUCAAAGAUGGAGCUCUUGGGCUUGAGAAUCCUAAGCUUGUCAUCUUGUUUGAUGAGAAUGGGACUCCAUAUGAUAGCUUUCUUAAGGAGAGGAAGGAGUCCUGUUCUCUUGUUGAGGAGUUGAUGCUAUUGGCAAAUAAAUCAGUUGCAGAGGUUAUAUCCAGGGCUUUUCCAGAUUGUGCUCUACUUCGUAGGCAUCCGGAACCUAAUUUGAGGAAGCUUAAAGAGUUUGAAGCAUUUUGUAGCAAACAUGGUUUUGAGUUAGAUGCUUCAUCAUCUGGCAAGCUUCACCUCUCACUGUCUAAUAUAAGAGAGAAACUAAAGAAUGAUCCUGUGUUGUUUGACAUUCUAAUCUCAUAUGCUUCAAAGCCCAUGCAGCCGGCAACCUAUUUUUGCUCAGGAGAUUUAAGAGGCAGAGAAAAUGAUUGGGCUCAUUAUGGACUAUCAAUUCCACUCUACACACAUUUCAGUUCUCCAUUGCGAAGAUAUCCUGAUAUUCUUGUGCAUCGAACAUUAUCUGCAGUAGUUGAAGCUGAAGAGGUUUAUUCGAAGCAAAGGGAGAGUUCCGUUACAGCUAAUGAUCAGAUAUAUGGUGAUGAAAUUGUCAAUAAAUGUUUUACUGGUCUUUAUUUUGAUAAGGAUGCUGCAGAAUCUGAGCUAGGUAGAGAAGCAUUAUUAUCUGCUGCUAUGAAAUAUAAAGUUCCUGGAUCUGAAGUGGUUUCUGAAGUUGCUGCAUAUUGCAAUGAGCGAAAAAAAGCUAGCAAGUAUGCCGAGGAAUCUGGUGAAAAGCUUUAUCUUUGGACUUUGUUGAAGAACAGGGAGGUGCUACUUUCCGGUGCCAGGGUACUGGGACUAGGACCGAGAUUCAUGACAAUUUACAUAAACAAUUUUGCUCUUGAGAGGCGGAUAUAUUAUGAUGAAGUUGAAGGCUUGACUGUUGAAUGGUUGGAGACUACUGGUACAUUAAUUCUAGAUAUACCGAAGAUUAAACCCUUUCAGAGAAGGGGUUUCCCUGGGAAGUUCCGUGUAAUUGAAGAUGUAGCAUUGUUGCUGAGCACAUCUCAAUUAGUCUUACCUGAAGAAGACAAUGAAUACACCACUGUGCCUAGCACUUCCAAUCUAUUCUCCACUGUCACUGCAGCAGAAAACAAUGGCACUGCUCCCUGUUCCUUUCCUUUGGUGAUCCGACAUUUAUCCACCAUACCUGUGGCUCUCCAUGCAGUUGGCGGGCAUGAUGGUCCAGUAGAUAUUAUGGCAAGACUGUAUGUGUGCUCAUAUUUUAAAUGAGGUCAAGAGAUGUUCAGAAGCACGAGAAAUAAGUACAAACAAGUGGUGUGUUUUUGUUAAACUUUUGACAGAAACCAACAAUAUGGAGGGAGGAUUCAACAUCUCAAAUGGGCUUAUUCUGUGUAGAUAUAACAUCCAUGUGUGGGUGUAGUGUAGCGAUGAAGCAUCGAAGUAGGUGGAUGUUUGUUAAUAAUUUACGUUGGAAGCUCUCUCUUGGAGGGAUUAAGGUAGGCAUUGGUUUUGGAGUCGCAAGUGGCUUGACUGUUUUAUUUUCUUUAUCAGCGAGCUGCUUGCUGGAAGUGAGAUUUGCCUGCGCUAUUUUUUUCAAAACAGGCAAAUUCCAACGGGGAUGCUCCUGGCACCUGCUAUGUAAUAUGAACUGAGGCUCAUCUGUGUUUUUUGUUGGUGGGCUCUGUUGUAUUUCUCACGUUUCAUAGUUUGGAUAUUUGCAAACAAUUUCGCAAUUUGUUGGUGGGCUCUGUUGUUAGGAUUUAUAAAAUUAUAACACAUUCGUCUCAA